UCCUCCCUUCGCUCGCACCACGGCUGAUCAGCUGACCGAAGAACAGAUUGCUGAAUUCAAGGAAGCUUUCUCCCUAUUUGAUAAAGAUGGCGAUGGCACCAUCACAACAAAGGAACUUGGAACUGUCAUGAGGUCACUGGGUCAGAACCCAACAGAAGCUGAAUUACAGGAUAUGAUCAACGAAGUGGAUGCUGAUGGUAAUGGCACCAUUGACUUCCCAGAAUUUUUGACCAUGAUGGCUAGAAAAAUGAAAGACACAGACAGUGAAGAAGAAAUCCGUGAGGCAUUCCGAGUCUUUGACAAGGAUGGCAAUGGCUACAUCAGUGCGGCAGAGCUACGUCACGUCAUGACAAACUUAGGAGAAAAACUAACAGAUGAAGAAGUAGAUGAAAUGAUCAGAGAAGCAGAUAUUGAUGGGGAUGGACAAGUCAAGUAUGAAGAAUUCGUACAGAUGAUGACUGCAAAAUGAAGACCUACUUUCAACUCCUCUUCCCCCCUCUAGAAGAAUCAAAUUGAAUCUUUUACUUACCUCUUGCAAAAAAAAAAAAAAAAAAAAAAGUUCAUUUAUUCAUUCUCUUUCUGUAUAGCAAAACUGAAUGUCAAAAGUACCUUCUGUCCACACACACACAAAAAAAUCUGCAUGUAUUGGUUGGUGGUCCUGUCCCCUAAAGAUCAAGCUACACAUCCAUUUUACAAUAUAAAUACUUGUACUACCUUAAUGAUAAGGAAGCACUUAGUGGACUCCUUAAAGUUCCAUUUGCUAAUGAUUAAUACACUGUUUGGGCUGGCCAGUUUUUCAUGCAUGCAGCUUGACGAUUGAGCACAGUCAGGCAUUUGUAUUAAAAACGAAAAAUGAAAAAACAAAUUCAAAACCUA